UUUAAAUAUAGCAAGAUUAGUAGUAACAACUACUAAGAAUAAUUCAUAAACUUAGUAUUUAAAUUUGUAUAUACUAUCAUAGAAUGUUCCUUUAGUAUAACCACGUGUGAAGCACCCCGCCUCAUAUCACAUAAUGUUCACCAACCUUUUCUGAUAUUUCGUUAGUGUAUAUAUGCAAGUGUGCAUUAAUAAGAUCAGUUCCCACAAUCCAUAAACAAUCCCCAAGAGCCGUUGACAAAACAAAAACAAAACAUCUCAAAAAGUCAAAAUAUACUCUAGACCCUCCAAUCUCCCCGUCAAUAUCUCCAUAUAAAUCUCUGUCUCUCUUUGCCAACCUAAAUCAACAACCAUUCUUAUUCAUAGCCUAUCACACAACCCAACAAAAAAACUCCUAAAAAAAAAGUAAGAAGAGAUUUCAUCACUAUUCUAUUACAUUCUCUCUUUUCAAAAUCAAACAUUUGACUUUUGUGACAAAGACUUGAAGAAAGAGAUGAGGAGCGAAGCGGGUGGUGGUACCAUGGUCGUUGACCUCCAAACCGAUCCAUAUAACAACAAUCACCAUCGCCACGAGAUCAUCACCGAUAAUGUCCACAAACCAAGGCCUAAAUUUGGCGACAUCUUGAGAGCCGACCACGACGGAAUAUUCCCUCCCGUGGACCCCAUCAUCAUCAACACAAACCUAACCAACCAACGGUUCAGCAGCGUCUCAACCUCGACCAUGAGCUGCGGUCCAGCAAGCGGAGACGGUUCACCUUGCGUAAUGUCCCCUUGGGCCCGUGUGUCACCACCUUGGGCCGCAGAUUUCAACGAAGACAAUGUACUAGAGACCAAUGGUCUUGUCGGGUCCAUUGUACGUGAAGAAGGUCAUAUAUACUCGCUAGCAGCUUCUGGUGACCUUCUCUACACGGGCUCGGACUCAAAGAACAUUCGGGUCUGGAAGAAUUUAAAAGACUACGGCGGGUUUAAAGCGAGUAGUGGGCUCAUCAAGGCUAUAGUGAUAUUCGGAGAUAACCGGGUCUUCACCGGUCAUCAAGACGGUAAGAUCCGGAUAUGGAAAGUCUCGAAGAGAAAACCGGGAAAGUACAAACGUGUCGGUACAUUGCCAACGUUUAAAUCGUUGGUUAAAAGCUCGGUAAACCUUAAGCAUUACCGCGGUAAAAACUCGGUGAAAACGAAGCAUCACGACGCCGUUUCGAGUCUUAGCAUGGACGUGGAGGUUGGUUUGUUGUAUUCGAGCUCUUGGGAUAGGACGAUCAAAGUGUGGAGAGUGUCCGAUUCAAAGUGUUUGGAGUCGAUACACGCGCACGAGGACGCGAUAAACUCGGUCAUGGUCGGUUUCGAUGACUUGGUGUUCACGGGAUCUGCGGACGGUACGGUGAAAGUGUGGAAACGUGAGAUGCAAGUCAAAACGAGGCACGUGUUGGUUCAGGUUUUGUUAAAGCAAGAAAGCGCGGUCACGGCGUUGGCGGUUAAGUUAAAGUCUUCGAUGGUUUAUUCCGGUUCGUCGGACGGGGUGGUUAACUAUUGGCAGCGUUCGAAGAAGCGCGUGUUCGUCGGUGGGAUACUAAAAGGGCACAAGUCCGCUGUGUUGUGUCUCGCUGUAGCGGGGAACUUGCUGUUGAGUGGUUCUGCGGACAAGAACAUAUGUGUGUGGAGGCGGGACACGUCUGAUGGGUCUCAUGAGUGUUUGUCUGUUUUGACGGGGCACAUGGGACCUGUUAAGUGUUUAGCCGUGGAGGAGGAACGGGCUUGCCGCGGUAAAGGAGGAAAAGUCUCUACGGUUGGUGAAGGAGACAGGAAGUGGAUUGUAUAUAGUGGAAGUUUGGAUAAGUCGGUGAAAGUGUGGCGCGUGUCGGAGAAGAUGGCGGCGUGGAGGGAGAUAGACGAGCCAGAAGCAGGGAGUUGCGCGUGGAGUUCUUUGGGAAAAUAAAAAAAGAGUGGUCGGAGGAGCUUAGUGUGAUUAUUUACGAAAAUGCGCCGUCAUCGAUCAUCAGUCACGAUGACGGUCUUCACGACGGGGAAGAGUCGGAGACUCGGAGGAAUGUUUUUCAAUUUUAUGACAAUGUCAACGAAGUGAUUUGUGCCAAGUCAGCUAAAGAGUGAGUCAACACGGGCUUAGUGGUUUUCACGUAAUGAUGAGUUUUGCUUCUUUUACUUAAAAAAAAAAGAUCUUUUCAAAGAAAUUGUAAAAUUAUUCCUUUCCGUAAAUUUGUAACAAGGACAAAGACUAAAUCAAACAUGUUUUGUCUUCUCUGUGUGUUUAGUUUAUAAUAUCGUGGUUGCAACUUUAUAA